AUGCUAUUUGAAGAGGCAGGGAAGAUAGAUGAUGUAGAUUCGACUAUUCUAGCAAAAAAAUAUGAGGAAACUAAGGUUUUGGAUGAUAAUGUUAUUGUUGGAAGUGAUAAUGAUGACCUUUGCAUCAUGUGUCAAGAUGGAGGGGAUCUUUUGUGUUGUGAUGGAUGCCCAAGGGCUUUUCAAAUAGAUUGUGUGCCUCUGCGAUGUAUUCCAAGUGGUACUUGGUAUUGUAAAUACUGCCAGAAUAAUUUCCUGAAUGAGAGUAAUGUGGAACUCAAUGUGAAUGCUAUGGCAGUUGGAAGGAUUGCAGGCAUUGAUCCUUUAGAAUAG